AUGCCUCCAACUCAUGGUCCAAUCCACAUUGGUCCAGUAUCUAAACCAACAAUAACACAAUCUCUAAAAACCGCAUUAUGCUCGUCAAAACUAAAUGUGUUAUUGGCAUUUAUUCCUUUGGGAUUUUUGGCUCAUUAUUUAAGAUGGAAGGAAGCUAUCAUUUUUGUGUUUAAUUUUCUAGCAUUGAUACCGUUGGCGAAUUUACUUGGGUUCAUUACUGAAGAUAUUGCAAACCGGUCUGGUCAGGUAGAUCUAGGUGAUUUCAUUUCGAUGUUAAACGAAUACACGUUUGAAAUUGAUUCAACUUCUGAUUGCGAAAUUCGUAUAGUUCAGGCGUCGAUGUUAGGUUCUAUAAUAUCCAACCUCCUAUUGGUCUUAGGAUCGUGUUUCCUUGCCGGUGGAUAUCGUUAUAAAGAACAAAAUUUUAAUCAAAAAGCUGCGCAGACUAAUUCAGGCUUAAUGGCAAUAGCUUGUAUUGGAUUGGUUAUACCCGCAGCAUUUCAUUCCGAAGGCAAACAAGAAAGUAGUGUGAAUGGAAAUGGAAAUGGAAAUGACGUCUUAGUACAUCACCAAGUUCUGAAUUUGAGUCAUGGAGCUGCAUUGGUGUUGUUGACUAUUUACGUGCUUUUUUUAUAUUUUCAGUUGAAAACUCAUACUCACCUCUACGAUGAAGAUGAAUCCGAAGAUCCACAGCUAUCAUUUGCGACAUCUUUAUUUUUACUAGCUUCAAUAACGGUUCUCGUUACUUUUGCUGCUGAUUAUCUUAUCGAGUCUAUCGAAGGAAUCACAAAUACUCUUAG